AUGUCUGGCGGACACCAGACCAUCCCCGCUGGAGGUGUCCGACCCAAGCGCACCGCUGAAGCUUCUGAUCGAUACAUUUCUCCCGAAUCCAAAAAGCCGCGUUUCGACCAUCGCAACCCUUCAACUCUGGCUCCUGACGCUCCCGAAGAAGAUGCCAUCUUGGAACUGGAUGAGAUCGGCAAAGGCGGCCUGCAGACCAAACGUAACGCUGUCAAGCUUGAUGGUUACGAAAGCGACAGCAGCGACGACAACUUCGAUGUCAGAGCAGACGAAAAGGCUGAACUCGCAAAGCAGGAAGGAAGAAACGGCGACUCAAAAGGCGCGAAAAAUGCCGGAUGGAACCAACGCGGUCAAGAAUCUGGAAAGUCAAAAGACGAAGAUGAGAUGGACAUGUUUGCCGACGUCGACGAAGGCACUGGAGGUGUAGGAGGUACAGCAGAUGGCGACGACGAUGAAGAGCUAAGAGGAGAAGGCAAGAAGGCCAAGAAAGAUGUGCGCUUCAUGGAUAUGGACGACAUUGAAGGUCAAGUCCAUAAGAGCAAGUCCGGUGGCCACGUUCGCGCCGACUUCACUCUCGAUCCCAAGGGCAAGUCGCGUGCCGACGAUGAUGCCAGUAUCGAGAGCAGCAGCGAGAGCGGUAGCGACGAAGAACGCGAUCGCUUGGACGAAGAGAACGAGGAUGCCGAGGAGCUGGGCGCUGGAAGCAAGAAGAGGCACGCACCCAAACUUGAUGCCUUUAACAUGCAACAAGAAGGCGAAGAAGGUCGUUUCGACGAAGCUGGAAACUUUAUUCGCAAAGCAGUCGACCCAGAUGCUGUUCACGACAGUUGGCUAGAAGGCUUGAACAAGAAGGAUAUGAAAAAAGCCAAAGCCGCACAAGAGAAGCGUGAGGAGGAGCGAAGGAGACAAACCGCUGCCGAUGACGCUCUAUUGACUUCGGAUCUACUCUCUACUCUGAUCACACAUCUGCACAAGGGUGAAUCAGUUCUCGAAGCUCUACAACGCCUCAAUGCAGCCGCUCCCAAGUCAAAACAGAAGAAAGUGCCCAAGUGGAAACAAAAGAAGUUGGCCGCCAAAUCAGAUGCCAUGGAUGUCGAUGUGGAAGGAGGCGCCCAGGAGGACGAAGCCGAGAAGCGUCGUGUAGCUGCCGUCGAAGCAAUCACCGCUGCUGCAGAUGCCAUGUUCAGCCGCAACAACCCCGACAUUUACGACCAUGAACGCGAAUUGUUACAACGUCUGUACAAGCGCGAGACUGGCGAGGAUUGGGUCGAUCCUGUUGCAGACACACCAGCAGAUGAGAACGCCAUGUUUGAGUUCCGCUGGGCGGAUGCUCGAGAUGGUGGUCAGACGCAUGGUCCUUACGACAAGAACACUAUGCGCUCAUGGCGUGAAGCUGGAUAUUUUGGUCAAGAGGCCGAGGUGGAGUUCAGACAGGUCGGUCUAGAUGGCUGGUCGAGGAGCGCAGAUUUUGACUAG